AUGGCCGAGCAGAGACCGGUGCUUCCCGCUCCGCUGUGCGCCCUGCAGGACUACUUAGGAGACAGGAGAAUGAGCAGGAGGAGCAGACAUCAGCUUAACCGGAGUCUGACUGAUGGAAACAGGGAGGAUGCUCGGAAGUUUUACCGGAAAGAGGAGACCACCCUCCGUAAAGCUCACACUGCUCUGCUGCCCGAACGGUCCCAAAGGGACGGCGUGAUUCCCACCGAACAAGGUUUUUUUCGAUACGUCUGGCAACUUUGCCCGGAUCUGUUUGUGAGGAGGCAGAAGUCCAGCUGUCGGCAGGUGCCAGCUCACCUGCUGCUGCCCUCCCACUAUCCAUUAAAUCAACAGCUGCAGGAAACAUCUGCAACCGCCACUUACCUCUGUCUACUCUGA